GAGUGGCAGGCGGCUAGGCCAAUCGGCGUUAAGAAUAAAAAAAAAGAGGCGGGAUGGAGAAGGCGGGAAGAACGGUGGAUGUCUGUACCCUGAUAAAGACGUAGGAUGGCCGGGGUGGAGCAGUUGGCGCAGUUGCAGUGCCCGGCCGGCGGCGUGCCCGGAGGUAAAGGCCGCAUUGUCCCCUGGGGCAGCGAUCUCUAUGUGUGCGGAGGCAGCGAGUUCCUCCAUGUCUUCUCCCUGGAGAGGAGGACGAUCACGGCCGUGUAUUUAUUUCCUUCCAAAAUCUCCCAUAUGCAAGCUGACCGCGAGAACCAUCAGCUGUACGCACUUUGCGCACUCUGCGGAGUCUUCCUCCUCGAAUGGGACGAGACUGGGAGCCGGUUGUUGCAGGAACCGGAUUGUACAUCACAGAGAGGAGGGGUGACUGUCCACCAUAUUGGGCCCGGGUUCUGCUGCUUGCGGGAUGGCGGUGCCUCCUCCUUCACACUGGCCGGUGAUGUUCUGGUCCUGGCCGUACAGCAGUCAGAAGAAUGGAAGGUCAGAGUCUUCCCCCGGAAAUCCCUCGGUUAUGGAGACCCGAACCCGUCGCCGACCAGAGAGGUGACACUAUCCGGCAAGGCGGUCACGCCGAGUCCUUCCUUGCAGCCCGUCCUGUGUUGUGUGUCUCUAUGGAAAGAAGAUAAAGUGAACGGGGUCCCGUCUGCCUUUCUCCUGGAAGCACGGUUGUUCACUCGAUUGUUUGGAGUCGAUCUGGCGAUGCUCGAUUCCCCCAUAAUCCUUUGCGGCUUCCCCGAUGGUCGGGUGGCCUACUUCCCAUUGAAGAGUUCCGGUUCUUGUGGUGAAAAUCGGAGCUCACUGAAACUUCUGUACCACAUGGAGCAGCCGGUGGUCUCUGUCGGGGCAACUAAGACAGGACCACGCGAUGGCGGUACUGAGCAGCCAAUUGGAGGCUUUCAGAACGUUUCCUGCGACUGUGUGCUGCUGAUUGGACAGAAGGGCUCCUUGGUGUCGGUAACGUCUGGAGAGGAAGGGGAAGGUGCAGCCUGUGAAUAUAGGAAGUACCCCGUGCAUGCUCCUGUGUGCUGUGCCUUCUAUUCCACAGCCGCUGUCAUUUACAGCAACCCCUCCGACCUCUUCUCCAUAACCAUUCCCAAGGCCGAGGACGGCCCGAGGGGUUCCGUGGUCUCGUCUGUCCGGCACAAUGUUCCUAGGAUUGCAACCGUCUCGGAGAACAUCCACACUUCUGAUGGUACAGGUCUGGUUCUGCUGUCCAGCAGGGGGCGCCUCAUGCUGCGCAAGUUCAAUCAGAAAGGACAUGGCGGUCAGAGGCCUGGACCAGGUGGUGACAACACCGGACUGCGGAUUAAAGAGCUGCUGUCUGGGAUCGGCUCGGUGUCUGACAGGGUAUCCCGGCUGAAGUCGUCAGUCGGUGAGAAGAGCCGGGCUUUACAGAAGCUGAACCAGGUGAUGUCACUCAGCCGCCAGCUUCUGUCCUGUGAUUGGAGGAGCAGUCCCUUGCGGUGUGAUGUGAAGACACGGUGGACCAGGAUGCUGCAGACGGAUUGUAUGGCUGUGUCCUGCACCCUGGAGAACGGGACGGACUGUGUUCUGGAGGGAGGGUGGACUCUGUGCGUCCUGAUCAGCUCUGACACCUCCUAUUCUUUUCCUCUUACAUCACUAAAACCCGGAGAGAGGACGGAGCGGACCUUCCCUCUACCCGCACACACCUACCGCAGUCUGCAUUUCCCCAUAGACAUCACCUUCACUUUAUUUUAUCAUUUAGAGGGACUGAUAAGGGACUCCGGUCUGUCUGCGGAUCCUUCGCCGGCCCGGCAUGGGGUCUGUAUACCUCUAUGGGGACACAGCGUGGACUUGCUGCGGUGUCUGCGAUUUGGUCCCCAAAUAAGCCAUCCUGAGUCGCUUCAUACGAUGCCGGAGGAUGUGGCCCGAGUCUUUAUCAAGGCGUCCUCUGCGGGAAUAAAGGAUGAGCGCUCCGCAGCGACCGAUACCCAAGGAGACGGCAAUUCAGCACCGCUAAAAGCUCGGCUUCAAAUAUCUGCCUCCUUGUUGGCCCAAGCCUUGCAGAAUGGAAAGUCUGGAAGCCCCCUGUGUUUGGCUGUACUGCACUGGCUGCUGUCUAUGGACACAGUGAAGGAGCAGAGCCUGGCGGAGGUGCAAGGUGUCACCCCAGAUGGGAAGGAUUUCAGCCUGCAGGUACAAGAGAUAUCGGUGUCGGAUGUGGCUGCAGCAGGAAGUGUCCCCGCCAUUGAGAUUCAGAUCCUCAGCUCCCAUUUACAUGUUGUGGCUGCACUACACUUGGCAGUGAUCAGCCAUUUCCAGAGCUUGCUUCAGCAGAACCAAAAUGGCGGUCACACCCCGGACUUGGAUUUGGGGAAGAUCCAGCAGCAGUUUAUGGCUCAGGAGCCAUUACUGAAAGAACUGAGGACCUUGAAGGAGCGUCUGAAUGUAGAUGAGGAAAUUAUCUCCAGAACAGCCGCAGAGAGACUCCUCCAUAUCUACAGGGAGCUCCGAGACCCCGGCCUGCUCUUCAUAUGACCUUCCAGAGGAUCUCCUCUACAGUCCAGGUGGAGCUCCUGUUGGUAGAAUAGACUGGAAGGCGAUACACGGCAGAGGUCAGAAAGGGGAUCGUUCUGGAUCUGUAAUUGCUGUGGGGCUCUUCGCUGUAUAUGGCAGUACUUCUGUAAAUACGCGUUGUGUACAAAAGUAUUUGAACCACUUUCCGCCUGCGCUAUAGAAAGAAGCGUUGCCUCAUUUACUAAGCUCUGGAGGAAUUACACUUGAAAAGUGCACGGCCUAUUUGCCUUUAGUAAGUUUACCCCCUUGUUACACCCCCGGCAAUGUCCAUAGAUCACCCAGAGGGGAGGGUUGUGGUUUUUUUUUCCCUCUACACAAGCGGAGUUACUCUUUAAGAAGUGAAACCUUCGACUGUCGCAGGGAAAUCUGGGGAAUUUUGUGGUCGGUUGUUUUCUUCCAGCGCAGAGACGAUAUUUGUCUUUGUUCUGAUUGGAGGUAUGACAGGAGGCCGCCUUCUGUAACAUGUAUUAUAAAUCGCGUCUUUGUUGCAGGCGGCUUGUACUCCGCUCUGACCUGGAUUGUCGGUUUCAGCGAUGAAAUAUAAUGUAGAAGUGCCGCAGUCCCGGGCCGGGUGCUGUGUGUUGGGAUUAACCCCCGCACACCCAAAAUCGCCAUGUGAUACCUUUUCAAAAUUGAAGUCUGUGUGGCAUUUUCUAUGAGCUGUGUGUGUGUGUUUUUUUUAUUUUGACGUAUAAUUAUUUAGAUGGCCAUCUUAACAAUCACAACAUACAGGGAUAUUUGAUUUACUAUUGAUAAAAACUCAUACACACA